AUGUCUGAAUCAGGACCGGAGAAUGUGGUCAGCCUCCUGGACUUCAGAGAGGAGAUCCUUGCUCAGGCAGAACAACCUGACGCCCUGAUCGAAGCAUGGAUGUGUCAGGAGGUGCUCUCAGAGGAGGACAGGGCGGCCAUCACUGCUGCAGUAACAUCCACAGACCAGAUGAGGGCGCUGUUUCACACUGUGGACAAGGGAAGCCCGCAGACCAAACACCGCUUUUACCUUCUGCUAAAAGAAAAGGAGCCUGUGAUUGUGACACAACUUGAACAAAGAUGCCACAAAAACAAGGUGCGAGAGGUUGAAGCUACAAGUGCAGAAGCAGAGCUAAGGAAAACCCAUUUGGUCAAAACUAUGAGAAUGAGCAGGAGGCAAGAGGCCGAGCUGAUGAGACUGCAGAAAGAGAUGGAGCAGGACGCAAACUCACACGUCAAAUGGAGUAACUUCCAGCUCUGGAGGAAGGCGCGGGAUCUGGACCGGCGGCUGGAGAGGGCGGUGAGGGAGCGGGACGAGCUGGACGUUCAGAAGAUCAAGGUGUCCCGUCAGAGAGAGGAACUUCGGUGCAGGAUGGAGGACUUUGUGGGCCAGAUGGUGAGCGCUGGACGGGUGAAGGACGGGAUGGAGGUGACCAUGGGAGAGCUGGGCAGCACCAGGGAGGAGAUGCAGUGCACUCAGAAGGAGGCGCGACAGAACCAAGAACAAGUGAAGAGAUAUGUGGAACUACUUAAAAAUCUGAAACUUAAAGUUAACAGUUGGAUUGAAAAAGAAAAUCCAAAACGAGCUCUUGUGAAAGAUUAUGUCCAGCAAAACGCAGACGCAACUCAAGGAAACGUGAUUGAACAUGAAGAAUACAGAAAAUGUUUACAGGUGCAGAGGGAAAUGCAUGAAGAAACAAUGUCACUCCAUUAUGACAACGAAACAGAGAUGAAUGAACAACAGAUUAAAGCAAUUGAAGCGCAAAUCGCACAACUCCUGAACGAGGAGGAGACAGUUAGAGGACAGAUCAUGUCGGAUAUGGGCAACAUGCAGAAACUGGAUGAUAAGAAGCGCAUGACCAAAAAAGACAUGCAAGAGAAGGAGGCGCUUAAGGUCGAGCUGGCGGUACAGAGGAGAGAAAGUGAGCUGGCUUUCAGAAAGGCCGCUCGGAAACAGGCUGAGCUGCAAAACAUUUGGAACCAAAUAAGGGAGGAGAAAGACCUGCUGAGGAGAGAAAGCAACAAGAAGAAGAGGGAGCUCGAGCAGAGGCUGGAAAGGACCCUGCGAGAGAGAGACGAACUGGAAAUGGCCAAACUCAGAGUGCAGAGACAGCGGGACGAGCUUUCUGGGGAAGUGGAAGCCCUUCGGAGGGAAAAGCAAGCGAUACAAAAUCAGCUUGCACUCAUUCAACAGCACGAGGAAAGGGAAAGAAGAGCCGAGAUGGGAAAUGCUGUAUAUGUGAAAGAGUUUGUCCAUUACUUUCAAAAUGUCAUUAAGAAUUUGGAUAAAGGCUUAGAGAGGAUAUCCAUGGAGAUUACCGAGGUGUUGAAGGGCCAGGUGGAAGUGUUGUGUAAAAACCUGGAGAGAAAAUGUCAAGAGAUUGAGACUGGAAAGAGUCAAAUCAAUCAAGAGAAACAGCAGCUCCAACAAAUCAGGUCAGAGCUUUUCCUAAGGAGACAAGUUGACGGACAAAAGAACACAGAAGAGGACUAUGUUGCCCAAACAGGUCGCCAUCUGGACUCUGCUCGGGAGGACAUAAGAAAGCAGAACAAUGGGACUUUGGACAUGGAUAGACUGAAGCUGCAGAACAACCAGGAGCAAAUGGACACAGAGCUGAAGACAAGACAAGGCCAGCUCAACACCCUGAGAAAGCAGCUGAGAGGAUUCCAGCAGAAGAUGACCACAUUACAAGCAUGCACAGAGAACAUGGACACAAUGCAGCAGCAGGUCUCCGCUCUGAGCCAGGACAGAGCAGAGAUCGGAAACUCUGCUCAGCGGUUGGAGAGACAGUGGGACAGUAUUGAAAAAGAACUCUUUCUUAUCAUUGGACAAAAAGAACAACUUGUACUGGAAAGACAGCCAAUGGACACGCUGAGGCUGCAGAGACUGAAUCUAGACAAAGAGAAGGACCAGAUGGACCAAGAGAAAGGCAAGAUGCAAGAGAUGAGGACACACGUUCAAGAAACUGAACGACACCAAAUGGAAGGAAUAAGUCAAGAAAUUGAGACUGCAAAAAGUGUGAUCAAUGACAAGAACCUGCAGCUCCAGGCAAACAGAAGUAUGCUGCAGUCCGAAGCAGGAAAACUGCAAAUUCGAAAGAUGGAAGUGGAGAAACACAACGAAGAAGAAGAACUAGACAAGGAGAAGGAACAAGUGAAUUCUUUGAUGAAGGACUUGGACCGAAGAAGAGAAGAAGCCGAUACAACCCUAAGAUUCAUCAAUGAGGAGAAACAUCAGCUCGAAGACAACAGAAGAAAGUCCAACAUAGAAAGAGAACAGCUCAAAGUCCUGAUGAAAGAAGUCAACAAAAAACGCAAGGAGAGUGAGGCCACCAUGAGGCUAAUCAAAGUGGAGAAAGAGAAACUUUAUCAACUGAGAAUGGAUCAGACCAUGAAGACGCAGAAACUAGAGCGUCAGCAGGCAGCGCUCAAAGAACAAGAAGAGGAAGCCCAGAGCGCGAGAGAACAAGCCGAAAUUAUCUAUAAAGAUCUGGAUGCUGCUUGGAAGGAGAUUGGAGAGCAGAGGCAACAGCUCAGUCUGAAGAACAACCAUUUGGACAUAGAUCGACAGAAGCUGCAGCAACGUCAGGAGCAGAUGGACACAGAGCUGAAGGCGAGGCAAAGACAGAUCCAAACAGUGAAAAACCAGCUGAGAGGACUCCUCCAACAGAAAAUGACAACAUUACAAGUACGCAUACACGACAUGGACGCGCUGAAGCGGCAGGUCACGGCUCUGAGCUCCAACAGAGGCAAAGGCAGCGACUGUACUCAGCUGUUGGCGAGAUGCAGGGACAAUAUUGGAGAAACACUGUCUUUCCUGAGUAGACAAAAUCAACAACUCGCACUGGAACAACAGCGAGUGGACAAACUGAGGUCAGAAAUGAACCAGACAUGCUCCAACAAGCAAUCGCAGAAGUCCUGGAUCGAAAAGAACGCACUCUGCUUCAUGACACCACUUAUCAAAGAGCUGAGAAGGCGGCUCUUAUUGAAGAUAAACUUGUGA